AUGUCCGACAAAUGCGAAGAAAAGCGCCCGCACGUCGCCAUCAUCGGCUCUGGUCUUGUCGGCGUGAUCUUUGCCCUCGGUCUCCUCAAACGCAACAUCAAAGUCACUCUAUACGAGCAGUCGCAUGAUCUCAACGAACUUGGCGCUGGAAUUGCCUUUACCGGCGUAGCACAGGAAUGCAUGCGUCAAUUGGACCCGCGUAUUUUGGAAGCUUUACGCAGAGUCGGGAACGAGAAUGUCACGGCGUAUAAUCGUUAUGUGGAUGGGUAUUCCCAGGUGACAGGAGAACAAAGAGAGGAAGAUCCGACGUUUGAGCCGUUGUUUUUUCAACUUCCCAUUGAUGGGAUGAAGUUUUGGGCUUGUCAUCGGGCUCACUUUCUUAACGAGCUGGCCAAAUUGUUGCCGGGUAAUGUAAUCGUAUUCCAGAAACGAUUGGCGACGUACGUCGAUGAUGAGAAUCGGCCAACUGUGAUGCUGCAUUUUGAGGAUGGAAGCAUGGCUGAAGCUGAUGCUGUUAUUGGCUGCGAUGGCAUCAAAUCCCGCGUCCGACAAGUGCUACUAGGCCCCGAUAAUCCAGCGUCUCUUCCCAGCUAUACGCAUCGUGCUGCAUAUCGAGCAGUUGUACCAAUUGAGGCCGCGGCCGCAGCCAUUGGCACCGACAAAGCCAACAACCAGUGUCUACACAUGGGGCCAGGUUCCCAUGUCUUGAACUAUCCCCUAGCCAACUACACUCUGAUGAACAUAGUUAUUUUCCUUCGUGACUGGGAUGUCUGGCCGAAUAUCGAGAAAAUGGCUGGUUCAGCACACAAGACCGAGGUGGCCUCUGCCUUUGCUCACUGGGGACCGGCUGUACGGAGCAUUAUCGAACUACUGCCAGAGGAGUUGGCCAAAUGGGCUAUUUUCGAUCUAGGCACCCAUCCUGUGCCAUUCUAUGCCAAAGGGCGAGUGUGUAUGGCUGGUGAUGCAGCUCAUGGCAGUGCACCGCAUCAUGGAGCGGGAGCCGGGUUCGGGGUGGAAGAUGCACUGGCUCUGGCAAGUAUUCUGGAAGAAAUGGAAGAAUCCACGCACAUUGUGCAGGCUCUUCAUGCUUUCAGUUCUGUUCGGUAUGAGCGCACGCAAUGGCUGGUGCGUAGUUCAAGGGAGACAGCGGAUAUCUACGAAUGGACAUAUCACGAGUCUGGAAGUGACCCAGACAAGUGCAAAGAACAGAUUGAACAGCGAACAAGGAAAAUCUGGGAUUAUGAUGUUGAUGCUAUGGUAACAGAAGCAAAGGAGGUUUACAGGGCGAGCUUCCAAUUUAGUACUGUCAAUAAGUAG